AUGUUUGUCCGCCACGCAGUCCGUUUCGCGCGCGCGGCGCCCGUGCAGGGUGCGCGUAUGCGCUUCUCGACCUCGGCUACGGCACGCUACAUCGAAGAGGACGUCACGUCGGAGCGCCUUGCGCAGCUCCUCGAGUCGAGCAAGGAGAGUGGCAAGCCGGUGCUCGUCGACUUUUUUGCGGACUGGUGCCAGCCGUGCAAGAUGCUGAGCCCGAUCCUGCACCGUCUCGUGAACGACCCGAAGCUCGUGAGCGGCCGCGAAGUCGACUUGGUCACCGUCGACGUCGACAAGAACAUGGAGGCGGCGCAGCUGUUCAAGGUUCGUGCCAUGCCGACAGUGCUCGCGUUCAAGGACGGCAAGCCUGUCACCUCGUUUGUGGGCGUGCUCCCCGAGCCCAAGCUCAAGACCUUUAUCGAGUCGCUCUAG